AUUACUGUAAUAUGGACUGUAACAUAUUUUUUAGAUAAUUUUCAUGAUUUGCCAAGCCUAAGGAUUUUGUCUGCUCCUAGAAAAAAAUCCCCACCUCUGUUAGCUCCAGCUAAUAGCUGUGUUGUAUCUGUCAAUCACGUGUGCUGGUUAGACUAUUAGUCCACUCUCUAUCAGGACAGUCUGGGAAGGCCUGCUUGGUAAAUUCACCUCAUGUUUUAUCUCAUAUCUAACACACUCACUGAUUCUGCUCGGUGUGCUCAUAUCUGCUGUUCUCCAGCUCGCUAUUUCAUAGUAGAGACUGCUAAAGUAAAGUAUGCUGCUUAAUCAUUUACAGGAGCACAAACAUAUGUGUUUUCCGUUUAUAUCUGAUAACAGAUAGUGUAGAUACUGUUGUUGCUAAGUAACAGAGAGAGUACUAAGUUAUUAUCAGAGCUCAUUAAUUAAACCAGUAAAUAAUAAUAUUAUUCAGUAUAUCGUAUGUCCAUAAUACUUUCACUAAAGGCUCCUCUAGAUGGCAGCAUUGAUCCUCAGACCGGUAGAGUUCACCUCUAUAAAGACCCAUGUUGUCUCACACAGAGUAAAAAAAAAAAAGAAGAAGACGACAUUUUCAACACCCAGAGCAUCCUUGUAGCUGAAUAUCAUGCAAAUACAAAAAUGCUGAGCAACUUUACUGCAGUGAUAAACACUUCUACUGGCUGUAUGUUUAAUAUUCACACUUAUAUGUUGUUUUCCUGAGGAAGAAAUAAUGUAAUAUUUGUUUCACAUAUAAGUAUAUGAUUAAAUUGGUGAAUGCACUGACCUGACUUACACGUGCCUUGUUGUCAUGGUAACAAACACUGACACUAAACAUCCCUCCACACAUGUGCAUAACUUUGGCUCAGAUUACAUACAACAUGCAUGUAAACACAGAUUUUAUACACAGUGACUUCUUAUGUCUGCAUAUAAACAGGUCAUUUGAAUCGGUGAAAACCUUUGCAUGUAAAUAUGCAUUUAGAGCAUUAACUGAUACACAUAUAGAUAGUGUCAUUGUGUUACACCCCUAGUGUUUACAGUCAAACAGCAGGGAAGUCGGUGUUAAAAGUUAAUAUUUGAGCAUUGAGAGGAAAUAUCUCACGGGGAGAAAGAUACUCACAUGCAGAAUGUUAAUUUGAAACACUCACACACCUUCAUAUGAGUGUUUACAUGCUGUAACUGCCCAGAGGUGCAUUUAUCCCUUUCUCGGACUUCUAGAAGGGGAAGUGGGUGUGUUAUGACUUUCUGGUUAAGAGACAGAUGAAGACACACAGCACAUUCACAGAGCGGGACAGAGACAGUAACAGUGUGUAACACAACAGGAGCUUUAAUAUCUUUCUGAAGUGGAGUUGGUGUGGAGAUCUGGGAGUGUGAACUCAGGAUGAAGAUCCUCCUCAUCUUCACCCUCUGUCUGAUCUCAGAUGGAGGAGACUCCAAGGAAGUAACAGGAUAUUCAGGAGGAGGAGUCCUUAUCAAGUGCAAGUAUGAUACAGAAUACACACAAAACAAAAAAUAUUUCUGUAAGGGUUCAUGGCUAUCCUGUUCUGACCAAAUAAGGACAGGAGCUAAAAACGAGUGGAUAAAUUCAGGAAGAUUCUCACUGUUUGAUGACACCAAAUCAGCAGAUUUCAGUGUGAUGAUCAGAGAGCUCACUGUCACUGUAAGGGACACUGGGACGUACUACUGUGGAGUUGAUUUGCCUAGUGUGAAAGACAUUUCCACAUGGGUGGAACUGAAGGUAAAGGAAGAUCUGUCCUAUGAGAAGUCCAUCAGUAAGACUGUCCAUGUAGGAGGAGAUUUGACUGUCAGCUGUAAAUACCCAGAAUCCCUCAGGAGUAACCCCAAGUUUCUCUGCAAGACAAGGCUGCAAGAUUCUGCUUGUUCUUAUAAAGCAUCUGUUAAUGAAAGUAGAAAAUAUGUAAAUGAGGGGAAAUUCUCCUUGUAUGAUGUCAGAGAAACACAAAUGUUCACUAUCAACCUGACAGUUACCGGUCCUCCAGCAGGAUUUCCAGCUUCCACUGUGAUCACUGUGUCUGUAAUUCUGCUGCUGCUUCUGAUUGGAAUCAUAUUCCUCUUUGUGAUUCUACAUAAGAAAUGCAGGAUACAAGCAGGUACAGCUUCUACUGGUGAGUGUUCUCUCCAAGGCUCAGGAAACGACCAAGAGGUAACUGUCUUCAUCAGUGUGUGUGUUCAGUACCAAAACUUACUGUCUUUGAAAAUCCAUGAAAACAUUUAUAUGUGUUGUUUCUGUUUCUCUGUGCUUACUGUCUUUGAUUAUGAGGAGGUUAAAGACACCAGACGCCAUUCUGCCUCAGACGCUGGAACAGUUUACUGCAAUGUUCAACUACCCACAAUCCCCUCUGAUCCUCCUCAAAAUGUUUAUGCCAAUAUGUAGUUGAAACGUUUAUUCUACUGUUCAAUUACCCACAAUCCCUCCUGAUCAGGAAAUCUACUCCACAGCUCAGUUACCCACAAGUCUCUCUGAUUCCUCAGCCAGUGCUGAUCAGCAGUUAGUUGAGGAAUCUGCUGAAGGCCUGAAUUACGCAGCAGCCUCCAGCUCUUAUGAUGCAGUUCCAAAGAUGACCUUUAAGAAGCAAGAGAUAUCGUACGUCUAUAAUACCGUCAGUCAACCUGUUAAUUCAUGUGGCUAGUUUAUAAUAAUUAGGUCUCCAAGCAUCACCAUCAUCAUCGUCAUCAUCAUCAUCAUCAUUCCACAUGUCCAUUCAUCCCAGUCAGUAUUUUUCAUCUUCAGUAACUACCUCCUGGUCAGGUUUGCAGUAGAUCUGGAGCCUCGGGAACACUGGACGUGAGGCAGGAAUACACCCUGGGAGGAACACCAGUCCAUCGUAGCUUCUGGUAUUUUCUCUAAUUUUACAAUAAGUGCAGAUUGUGAUUUUUCUUUAAUAUGAUCACUGCUUGUGGCUAUAUUCAUCUUUGUAUUUUCAUCCAUUUUGAAUAGCUAUAUGAACGUAUGGUAUGUACUGAGUGUGGUGUGUAUUGUAUGUGUGGACUAUGGUAUGUUUGGAAAGAAAUGCAGUAUGUAUUUUAUAUAUGAAGAAUGGUAUGCAUUGUGCUGUAUAUAGGAGUAUGAUUUUAAAUAAUAUCUUUACAUAGUGUGAGUGCUAGAAGAAAGAGAGAAAUGGAGACAUUCGUCUUAUCUUAACCCCAAAGUCUCAAAAUCAGCUUGACCCGCUCACUUCACUUUCACUUCACUUUUUGUUCACAUGUUGUUGUUCAUUUUUAUUUUGUCUUAUAGUGACCACACUCAUUAUUACUGCUCUGCGUACUUAUAUCAGCCAUCCUCAUGCCCUCUGUUUCAUAAUCAAGACUCUGAUUCUGUCGUGUAUGCUUAUUCAGAUAAAGGCACACAGUGUAUUUUUUAGAUUUAAUUUUUUUUUUUUUAUGUUGAAUUCAUUGAUGUUUUGAUGUUUUCAGCAGGAUGUUAUGCAAUAAAUAAACUUUCUCAAGUGCA